AUGCCCAGUCAGAGUCCCAUGACGAUGGAAGCACCCAUUUCAGAUGUGGAAUACUUGGCUAAUGAAGUAAUCCUCAAUUCUAAGGCAGUUUCUUACCACAAGUUUUCACGUCAAUUAAAUAUCCCAAUAUCAAAAGCUAAAAAGACAUUAUACGAAUAUUACACCAAGAACAGAGAACAGGUAUCAGCAUCGUUUGUUAUUACUGGGGUGAAUAAAGAUGGCAUUAAAGCUGUAAAAUUUUCCGAAAAUGAAGAGAAGCUUAAACAUGACAUGGAAAAGUUUGAAAGUAUCUCAACUAUUCAUGUGUUUUGCGUAAUGAAGAAAGAUUUGAAUAUCACCAAAAACGAAAUUGCUUUGGAAGAAUCAAAGGUUAAAAGUCUGCUAAGUCAAAUCAAAGAGUAUGAAAGGAAUGGGAUUAUAAUUGGACCUAAAUUUGAUACAGUAUCACUUCAAAAUGUAUCUGAAACAUCUCCAGCACAACCAAGUGCCUCCCCACCAAUACGAAAACCAGAGGAAAAGAGGCAGCAGCAGGUAAAGAGCUCCGGUUUAUCAUCUUCCUAUGUUUCGAGAAAACAACAGAGCCAACAAUCCAAACCGGCAUACACUUCACGCAAAUCGGAGCCUGUCGCUAUUAGUAAAAGGUCAAUGACCGAGCCGGCUGCGCCUUCUUAUCAAUACAAAUCACGUAAGCUAGAGCAGAAGCAGCCGAAGGAAAGAAUUAUUAUGGGCAAUUUGCAUAAAGAGCAAGAGGGUGAUGAUGUUAAUGAUGAUGACUUGGAACCUAAACGUGAACAACGGCCUCCACCAACGACCGACUUGGAGAAAAUUUUUGAUGGAGAUGACACUUUUCAAUUCAGUGAUGAAGACGAUGUGGCUGCUAAUGGUGUUUCUGUUAACGACAAUGAGGCUACAUAUGCAAAGCCAGAAGAAUCUAAUGAGGUGAGUAAUCAGUCACAAGCGGAAGAAGAAUCGAAGAAGGAGGAGGAAGCUCAAGUGGAACCAGCCACAGACGAACCAGAGGAGCAGCUAUUUGUUGAAGAUGAGGAACAGGAAGACGCUGUAGGAGAUGAUAUGGAAACAGUUAAAGAAGUGGAUGAAGACGGAUAUACGGUGACCAAACGUAAGCCCAAAUCCGUUACCAAACCAACGAGAAAACCAGCUGCUGGCAAACGCACUACUCCACCAUCCACUUCAUCCAAGGCUAAGAAGUCCACACAUGAUGGUAACAAAAAGAAAACACAGACUUCGUUAAUGAGCUUUUUUGGAAAGAAAUAG